CGUUCAGGCCAUCUUCCCGACCCCAGAUCCCGCCGCUCUGAAGGACCGACGAAUGGAGAACCUAGUGGCCUACGCCCGAAAAGUGGAGGGAGACAUGUACGAGUCGGCCAACAGUAGAGCGGAGUACUAUCACUUGCUGGCCGAGAAGAUCUAUAAGAUCCAGAAGGAGCUGGAGGAGAAGCGGCGGACGCGGCUCCAGAAGCAGGGCAUCGGCAUCGGCCUGGGUCCGCCCCCCGUUGGCCUUCCUCCAAACGGUCCGCUCCCUGACCCAUCAAUGGUUCGACCCCCUGGACCAAAUCAGAUGGUCAACAGAAUGCAAGUCCCAGGAAUGAAUCAGUUCAGUCAGAUGGGGAUGCAGUCGAUGGGCCAGAGGUCUCCUCUCCCCAUGGGAACGUCUGGCAACCAGAUGGGAAUGGUGGGUCCACGGAUGGGGCAGCCGAAUGUGAACCAGCUGCAGAACCAGUAUCUGACCCAGGGUCAGUUUCCUGGAUCAGGACCAGGAGUCGGAGCAGCUCAGAGCGGGAUGGCUCAACCUGGAGCUCAGGCAGGGCUGGGACAGACGCAGAUGGGCACCCCGGUUUCGAGUCCUCUCGCUCAGCCCGGUUCAGUCGGGGGUCCCGGCAGCGUCUCCUCUGUGGGGCCUCUGGGUCCUCAGAGCGUAGGAGCGUCCUCCAUGACUCCAUCGAACUCAAACCAGCAGCCCAGCUCCCUCCCUCACCUGGCAGCCAUGCGCAGCUCGCCCUCCCCGGCCCACAGCCGCUCCCCCACUCCUCACCAGACCCCCCCCAGACACCCCGGGUCCCAGACGCCGCAGCCGCACACCCCCAACGCCCUGGGGCCCCCUUCAGCCCCCCCACAGAGCCAGGGCCCGGCCUCCAACAAGCCCCUCCAGCAGCAGCAGCAGCAGCAGCAGCAGCAGCAGCACAUGGGCUCCUCGGGCUCCACCACUCCCUCUCAUCCGGGGUUAGGAUCCAGCUCAACGCCUCACGGGUCUCAGCUGCCACGCACUCCGUUGUCCCAGAAGGGUUCAUUCCACACAGACAAUCAGGCGCUGACCCCGGCCUCCGUCAGCAGCUUGGACGCUUCCUCCCAGCAGCCGCAGUCCAACGCUUCCACCGCCAACCACGACUCCAAGAUGGAGAUCAAGCAGCAGCAGCAGGACGAGGAGGAGGAGGAGAGCGACAGUGGCAGCUGCUCCAAGGGAGGGAAGCUCAGCAACAUGAAAACUGAGGAGAAGCCUGUGAAGCUGGAGGUGAAAAAGGAGGAGUGCUCCGGAGAGGGAGGCAAAGGGCUUCCCAUGGAAUCAUCAUCGACGACUAAAACGACGACGACGAUGGUGAGCGUUAAGACGGAAGAUAGGAAACCGGAAAUAAAGACGGAGGUGAAGGAUGAAGAGGAGACGUCGGAUUCAGCUUCAGCUCAGACUGCAGCCAAAAAGAAGAGUGAGUUUCCCUUCUGA